UUGGUUCUCUUGUUCCAGUUUUAGGGUUUUUGCUGUUUUUGUCUCGCUUUCUCUACCUCUGCAGAAGAACGUCAAACCCUAACCAUGGCGGCGCAACCAGCGGUGGAAUCCGUCCAAUGCUUCGGACGGAAGAAGACGGCGGUGGCAGUGACAUACUGCAAGCGUGGCUCCGGCCUUAUCAAGAUCAAUGGUUGUCCGAUCGAGCUUAUCCAACCGGAGAUUCUCCGUUUCAAGGUCUUCGAGCCGAUCCUCCUCCUUGGACGACACCGUUUCGCCGGAGUCGACAUGAGGAUCCGCGUCAAAGGUGGUGGUCACACCUCGCAGAUCUACGCGAUCAGACAGAGCAUCGCCAAGGCUUUGGUGGCGUUUUACCAGAAAUAUGUGGAUGAGCAGUCGAAGAAGGAGAUUAAGGACAUCCUCGUGAGGUACGACAGGACAUUGCUUGUUGCUGAUCCUAGGCGGUGUGAGCCCAAGAAGUUCGGUGGUCGUGGUGCUCGUGCCAGAUUCCAGAAGAGUUACCGUUGAAAACAAAAAAGGUUCUGUGUUUUAUUUUGGAUAUUUGGUACUUAUUUUCUAUGCUUACCAGUAUGUUUUAAGAUCUUGUCUACUUAAAGUUCGAGACUUGGAUGGUUGCUUUUGGGUUAUCUAAGACUUUUUUUUUCUUUGGAUGCUAUAAUCUUAGCUUGAGUUUCGAAUUUGUGGUUCCAGUGAUAAUUAUGGUUCUUGGCUGUUCUA